CUGAAUUUAGCUGGCCAUGCCGGUUCCCUGGCAGUGGGUUAUAGUUAAAGGGGCUUAAGACGGGAGAGCAGACCAGAAACAACAUUUUUAUUGUUCGUGAUGCAGUUCAUGCUGCUUUUCAGCCGGCAAGGCAAGCUCAGGCUUCAGAAAUGGUACGUGCCCUUGUCUGAUAAGGAGAAAAAGAAGAUCACCCGAGAGUUGGUACAGACAGUCCUGGCUCGGAAACCUAAAAUGUGCAGCUUUUUAGAAUGGAGAGAUCUGAAGAUUGUUUACAAGAGAUACGCAAGCCUGUAUUUCUGCUGUGCCAUAGAGGACCAGGAUAAUGAACUCAUCACCCUGGAGAUCAUUCACAGAUAUGUGGAGCUACUGGAUAAAUACUUCGGCAGUGUUUGUGAGUUGGACAUUAUUUUCAACUUUGAAAAGGCGUACUUCAUCCUAGAUGAGUUCUUGCUGGGUGGGGAGGCUCAAGAGACUUCCAAAAAGAAUGUGUUGAAGGCCAUUGAGCAGGCUGACCUGCUCCAGGAGGUGUGCUGGUACCAAAUAUGGCCUCCGAAUCCUCUGGUCUUUUCCAGAAUUAGCCCCACCGAGCCCCGACAUGAGUACUUUAAUGUGCCUGUGUACUGAUUGGCAACCAUCGCUGCUGCUGUUGCUGCUGCUGCUGCUGCUGCUGCUGCUGCUGCUGCUGCUGCUGCUGCUGCUGCUGCUAUCCACCCUGCAUGCUGAGUUCCUCAGUGCCUGGCCCCUUUCUUUCUUCCCCUUAAGCACCUGCAUCACAUUGUCAUCGGUUUUGGGCUGUGUAACAAUAUGUUCACAAUUCAGUAUACGCCACAGUAUAUGAUCUCAUGAGACAACACAGUCACGUGUAUUAGAAUUAUAGUAAAAGUCUUGGCCGAAGUUGCCUGUGAUGGCAUAUCCAGGCUAAAUGAUUUGUUUCUUAUAUUACGUGGUUAAAUGGAUCAGGAGGUCAGCGUCCUCUUUCUGCAGCAUUAUGGCUGUCACCCAUUGUGAUGUUGAUUGUAUUAUAAUUGUGUUGUCUGGUGAUAUAUUGUUACACGCCUGUCAUUAGUGCACUUUAUAAUUGGUUUCAUUACUCCAUCAGUUAAGAAACAUCCCUGUUAAAAUUUGUACCUGUGCAGAGUCCGAAACUCGAAGUUCAACACUUGUUUAGGAUUAAGAACAAACGGUUUGAAACAGUUCCUACUUCUUGUGCUUUUAAAAGUCAGGCUCAAAUAGAAGCAGGAAACAAUCUCAGUGCAAAAAUGGUAAUGAACAAUCUUUCAGUGUGGUCUUCCAAAAAAAAUUACAGGUUUCUUGCUCUGUUAUCUGAUACAGCCAUCUGUGUGCAAAGUCUGCCCCCUGUCUGUCAUGUGGUGCAGCAGAUAAGUCAGUGAUGUAGAGUUAAAGCAUCAUUGUUAUUCAGCCAGUUAGCUAUCAGCUGAAAGUGUACGCGCCAUUUUGCGUUAAUAUAUGUACAGGGUAAAUGCUUAUUUCCAAACUAAGGAUAGAUGAGUGUUUGCAGUUAGAUACUUACAUGCUUUGUAAAAGAUUAAAUCCAUUUUCUUGGUGGAUAUACAUAAGUCAAUGAGGCACAAGGAUCAUCCUAACUUGUUUCAGUCAGAAACGAUUUCAGAAAUGUUUUAAAGAUACUCAUGGCCAAUGGGCUUUCAUUUGUUUUUAUAUUUUUCUUCUAAGAUUGCUCUUAUAGAUUUUUUUUUUCAACCGCAUUCAAAAUUCGUCAGCAACGGAGCGUAAAGUAAAUGUAAUGAUAGAGGAAGUA